AUGGCAGCCUCCAUGCGUGGCACAGCCCAAACAAUUGCAACGUAUUAUCUUUUGUGGUGCUAGUAUUAUUGCAGAGAUAUUCUUGUACGAUGGAGAAUAAAAGAAGGCGCAAACAUUCCAGGUCUCCAUCUGCAAAAGGAGAACGUCGAUCGCGGCCUACAGUAAAGAAACGGAAGCGAUCAUGGCAGUCUCGAAAUGCAAGUUCGAGUUCGUCUGAUUCCGUUCAGUCAUCACGAUCAUCCUCAUCAAGUGAACGAAGACGUAAACAUAAACACAAAAAAUCUUCAAAGCACAAAGACAUUUCCAAAAAGAAAGCAAAAAAGAAGAAUAAUUCUAAGCACAGGCACAGUUCCUCUGAUUCAUCAUCAUCAAGAGAAAGGAAGAAAAAGAAGAAAGCUAAAAAGAAGAAAAAGAAAAUGAAGAAAAAAGAAAAGGAGAAACAGAAACAUGACAAAGAAAAGGAAAAAAGUAUUUCCAGUAUCACACAAAAAGCAACACCCUCAGUUGGGGUUACUUUGGUUACACCUCCUGAUACCACAAAUAACUUUGAUGGACAUGUGGGUCCAGUCCCUCGAGUGUUGAAGCCAAUGAGCAGGGAGGAGUGGGAGAAACAACAGAGUGUCAUGCGACAUGUGUAUGAUCCUGAGACUGGGAGAACCAGAUUAGUGAAAGGUGACGGGGAAAUAUUGGAGGAGAUCGUCACCAGAGACCGACAUCUGGAAAUAAACAAGCAGGCAACAAGAGGGGAUGGACUGUCUUAUCAAGCUCAAGUUGGUUUGCUCAAGUGAUUUGACCAAACUGGGUCACCCCAUUGUGCCAACAGACUUUAAAGGUUCCUGCAUCCGUUAGAUGGUCAGUUUUAGCCAGUGUCCCCAAUGGCACAUCUUCAAAAACAGCAUGAUGGAAGGGAGACAACUGUUGGUGCAGGGGCAGGUGCUCAACUGGCUGUCAUGAACCAUGGUUCACGUUUUUGUGGAUUGCCUUUUGUCUCCAUGAUGUUCAGUGUCACUUUGUAGAAGAAAGAAUUAUAUAUUUUUAUUUUAUGUUUUUUUAUUUUUAACAUACCACUUUUAACUGUGAAUAAACAAUGCCAUUUAGAAAGUGGUCAAAUGUAACAAAUGUUAUAUUUGGGGGAACACUUCCUUGCUAGAGUACAGAUUCUAGUACUUUUGGGGGUUGAGUCCCAUCCGGGAUUCAAACCCACACUUUGAUGCCUCACCCUGAGAGUCCCAGAUGGGACUCAACCCCCCAAAAGUACUAAAAUUUUUAUUUUAGUAAGGAAGUGUUAUCCCAAAUGUGACAUUUGUUGCACUGUUUACUGAUUCCCAUACAGACCCUGUAACAAAUAUGUCCAAUACAGCCCAUACAAAUCUAUAAUAUUUGGCAAGUCUAGAUUACUGCAGUACAGGUAUCUGAAAAUGAAGAAAGACUCUGGGCUCCUUUUUGGUAUAUUUUCUGACUAAAAUUUAACAAGUUUUUUUUCUGUAAAAUAUGUUGAUUUCAGAUGGAAGUCUAUGGUUCCCAUGACAACCGUAUCUCAUUUUUGAUCAUGCAGGUUCUGUUUCAAUUAAAAAUAAAAAUUUACCCAGAUUGUUAAA